GCUGUGGGGGUUUAAAAGGGGCGGCAGGUGCGACCGCAGCCUCACUGCAUCCCGCACGCCUGCCUCUCAGGACACACGCAAGCAGCGCGCUCCCGACCAACCCUUCUCCGACAGCCAACCACCAAAGAGAGAUGCGGUGUUCACGCGGCCCCACCUAUGGCACAGCAGUGUGCAUUCUGUCAGCCCUCCUGUUCGCGCUUCCAGCCACUCACGGCUACCAGUCAGCGCCACCAGACGAUCUGGACGAACUGCAGUGGGCUAACCUAGAAGUCGAUGUGCCGUCCUCCAGAGGAAUCGAUUCAGUUCUUUACAUCUCACCUCAGACAAUGGGAGCAGAUCGUGCCAAGAGAACUGGACUUGUUGGCGGCUAUGGUGGUAUGUCUGCAGGCGGCGGUGGAAUUGGCGGCCCUUCACUCUCGAUCGUCAACCCGCUGGACGUCCUGAGGCAACGCGUGGCGCUCGAAAUCAUGAGGCGAAAGCUGAACGAGUCCAAGGAAAAAAUCCAGGCCAACAGAGACAUGCUGGACAUUGUGGGCAAGCGCUCCAUCGACUCCUACGACUACAGACGCCAGGCGCGCGACACCAGCAGAAAACCGGUGGACGGGUUGAAUGCUCUGAGCCACAAUUCUCAGCAUAGUCGGGUGUCGUCAGUGUUGUAGACGCGCGUAAGGUGCCGCUGUUCUGCCCUCCGAGAGAAAAGAAAAUAAAAUCUAUCUUCUGCUGCAAAAAGCAAAACGAAACCGACCGACUUCCGCUUCUCCCUUUCCUCCCCUUUUAGUAACAGCUCUCCUAUCAAUCGACGAACACCUCUUUUCAUCUACUUUUUCGAACAUCUUUGCGCAAUGUAAAAAUAACUGUCAGAAAACUAUUCGUUCAAUGUUCAAUGUAGUACAAAUUAUCGAUUAGUUCUUGAUGGUGUCUGCUUUCUCUGGCAUCUGCCCACUUUUUCUGAUAAUUUCCAUAAUAGUCGAAUUUCAUGAUUUGAAAAUGUAGAGAAAAAAAUGAAAUAUUCAUAUCUCCGGAAAUAAAAACUGUUAGAGUGCAUUCAGAAAAAAGAUGGUGUAAUUUAGAAAUCUCAUGAUGAUAAUUUUCAGUUCCUGUUGCCGGUAAAUGUUAUGGUUCAAAUAUCCAUUUGACUGCGUAUUAAAUUGUUGUUUAAAAAUUAUGCAUAUUCGAAUCGAAAAUGUGAAAAAUCUAUGGAAAACACUCAGAGGCUGGAAUCUUUUCUUAAAUGUAAAUGUGGUGUUCGAUUUGUGUUCAGUAUUUUUUAUCUCACUUCAUUUUAGUGAUAAAUUCUUAGACGAAUGUUGAUGAAAUUGGCAAAUCUAUUUUUAUUUGACAAAAUGUAAAAGAUAAUUAUUUCUGUACUAAGAGUGAGGAAAUAAACAAAAUAUUUAAUUGCA